GGCGUGCCCGCCCAUCCCCCCGCUGCCCUUUUUUUCCUGGCCGGGUGCGAGGGAGCAUGCCCGCGCCUGGCCGCGGCCAGCCAAGAGUUAACCUGAGGGGCGUGGAGCUGCCCCCCCCUCGGGGGCGUGCCCCCCUUCCCCGCUAGGCGGCCAGCCCCCCGCGCUGAGGUAUGGCCCCCUGCCUGGGCCGGGGACCCGAGGUCCCGCGUUCGCGUUCGGGCUAGUGAAAGGCGUCUUCCUGUUCCCGCCCUCCUCCUCCCCUCGCCGGCUAGCACCAUGGGAUGUAAUAUGUGCGUGGUCCAGAAACCGGAGGAGCAGUACAAAGUGAUGCUUCAGGUGAACGGGAAGGAGCUCUCCAAGCUGUCUCAGGAGCAAACUCUGGAGGCCCUGCGCUCCUCCAAGGAGCCCCUAGUGAUCCAGGUGCUGAGACGCAGCCCCCGCCUCCGGGGGGACAGCUCCUGCCACGACCUGCAGCUGGUGGACAGUGGCACUCAGACCGACAUCACCUUCGAGCAUAUCAUGGCAUUGGGCAAGCUGCGCCCGCCCACCCCGCCCAUGGCCAUCCUGGAGCCGUACGUCCUCUCUGAGCUCCCCCCCAUCAGCCAUGAGUAUUAUGACCCGGCGGAGUUCAUGGAGGGCGGCCCGCAGGAGGCAGACCGUAUGGACGAGCUGGAGUAUGAGGAGGUGGAGCUGUAUAAAAGCAGCCACCAAGACAAGCUGGGCCUGAUGGUGUGCUACCGCACAGAUGACGAAGAGGACCUGGGCAUCUACGUUGGAGAGGUAAAUCCCAACAGCAUUGCAGCCAAAGACGGCCGGAUCCGCGAGGGAGACCGUAUCAUCCAGAUUAAUGGCGUGGAUGUCCAGAACCGGGAAGAGGCGGUGGCCAUCCUGAGCCAGGAGGAGAACACCAACAUCUCCCUGCUGGUGGCCCGGCCUGAGAGCCAGUUGGCGAGACGGUGGAAGGACAGUGACCGGGAUGACUUCCUGGAUGACUUUGGCUCUGAGCAUGAGGGGGACCUGCGUGCCCGGAAGCUGAACCCACCCCCUGCCCAACAGCUUGGAAAUGAAGAGGAGAAGGUGGCUCCCGACGCGGGCCCAGGCCUGAGCAACAGUCAGGAGCUGGACAGUGGGGUAGGCAGGACGGACGAGAGUACCCGCAACGAAGAGAGCUCUGAGCAUGACCUGCUAGGGGAUGAGCCCCCGAGCACCACCAACACCCCAGGAAGCCUGCGCAAGUUUGGCCUGCAAGGGGACGUCCUGCAGAGCCGCGACUUCCAUUUCAGCAUGGACUCACUGCUGGCUGAGGGGGCGGGGCUCGGAGGGGGCGACAUCCCGGGCCUCACGGAUGAGGAGUAUGAGCGCUACCGAGAGCUUCUGGAGAUCAAGUGCCACCUGGAGAACGGCAACCAGCUGGGCCUCCUCUUCCCUCGGGCUUCUGGCAGCAACAGUGCCCUGGACGUCAACCGCAACGAAAGCCUGGGCCACGAGAUGGCCAUGCUGGAGGAGGAGCUUCGGCACCUGGAAUUCAAAUGCCGCAACAUCUUGCGGGCGCAGAAGAUGCAGCAGCUGCGGGAGCGCUGCAUGAAGGCCUGGCUGCUGGAGGAGGAGAGCCUCUAUGACCUGGCAGCCAGUGAGCCCAAGAAGCACGAGCUGUCCGACAUCUCCGAGCUGCCCGAGAAGUCGGACAAAGACAGCACCAGCGCCUACAACACGGGGGAGAGCUGCCGCAGCACCCCGCUGCUCAUGGAGCCCCUACUCGAGAGCCCCCUGCGGCGGGCCGCUGCUGGCAACUGCAACUUGAACCGGACCCCUCCUGGCCCUGCUGCUGCCACCCCGCCGAAGGCAGCUCCUCCGCAGGGCAGCCCGGCCAAAUUCCGAUCUCUGUCCCGGGAUCCUGAGGUGGGCCGGAGACAGCACGCAGAGGAGCGUGUCCGCCGCAACCCCAAGGCCGGGGUGGCCCUGGAGCGCGUGGGCCCUGAAGGCAGCCCUUACCUCUCGAGGCGCCACCGCGGCCAGGGCCAGGAGAGCCAGCACUACCACAGCUGCGUGCAGCUGGCCCCGACGCGAGGCCUGGAGGAGCUAGGCCAUGGUCCCCUGAGUUUGGCCAGUGGUCCUCGGGUGGGUGGGGUGGCGGCCACCGAGGUGCCCCGCAUGGAGUGGAAGGUGAAGGUGCGCAGCGACGGGACCCGCUAUGUGGCCAAGCGGCCCGUGCGAGAUCGGCUGCUGAAAGCCCGGGCCCUGAAGAUUCGGGAAGAGCGCAGUGGCAUGACCACCGAUGAUGAUGCGGUGAGUGAGAUGAAGAUGGGCCGCUACUGGAGCAAGGAGGAGCGGAAGCAGCACCUGAUCCGGGCCCGGGAGCAGCGGAAGCGGCGUGAAUUCAUGAUACAGAGCCGGCUGGAGUGCCUGAGGGAGCAGCAGAACAGUGACAGCAAGCCUGAGCUCAACAUCAUCGCCUUGAGCCACCGCAAGACCAUGAAGAAACGGAACAAGAAGAUCCUGGACAACUGGAUCACCAUCCAGGAGAUGCUGGCCCACGGCGCUCGCUCGGCUGACGGCAAGCGGGUCUACAACCCUCUGCUCUCAGUCACCACCGUGUGAGCCGCCCUGGCGGAGCCGGCCCAGGCCCAGGGAGCCUCCUGGGUCCCGGCCCUCACUCCUUAGAAUCGAGUAUGCUUCCAUGUGCGUGCAGGCUGUGCUCACGCACAUGCCCACCUGUCUGUGUGUGUGCACGGGGCUCUGUUAGCAUCACCUGCUUCCUUCUCCCCAAGCAAAGUGACCGUGUUGGCGGCCAUCAUUGGGGGCACACCUGUAACAGGCACCCCUUCAGCUGUGUGUGUCCAUGUGCAUACAUCUCACACGCACACGCACACGCACACACACAGAGCUCUCCCGACCUGUGUACUUGGAGACAGGGAAGUUGAGCUGCAAAAGAGAGGUGAGGAAGACUGUCCUAAGCACAAGAGAACUUCCAGCUUCACCGCUGAGCACAGCCUCUUCCCGCUGCUGUGAGCUGCAGUGAGUUGUAGACAAAGGCAACCCUGAUUUUUGUGGUUUUUCUCCCCUUCUGUGCUUGCCAAUAGUUGUUCUUCUGUUUUGUGGACCUGCUCUGGGCUCCUUCAGGCAGCCCGUCAAAGGUGGAAUCCCCCCUCCAGUGAUGGCUGGGAAGGAGGUGGGGGGAAGAGGAGAGGGAGGGCUGGGGGUGGGAGGGGAGGGGAGGGAAAGGAGGGAGGAAUGGGAAGCAGCUGUCCUGGUGGCCUCUACUCUGAGGUCCAUCUCCAGUGACCAAGGGAGAGCGAGACUGCAGGGACUGAGGGGCAGUGUCCAUCCAAGAAGAAAUCGCAGAGUCCGGGUCUGUGUUUGACACCCUCCGGAGCGGGGGCUUCUGAGUGGCCUGAGGAGGGUGCUUCAACAGCAAGGGUCUAGAAGUCAAGCCCCAUGAGCACUAGUGGAAGAGCUCAGGUCGUCUGGCCUGGGAGGACUUGCUGGCGAUCCGCGGCCUGGGCCCGAGUGACAUGGUGGACUGACUGGGGGGAUGCCCCGACAUCCUCGAGUUCAGAAUGGGUGAACUUGGCUGCCCCUCAGGCUUGGAGCCCCAGCUGAAGGCAGACAGGCUUCGCCACCCCUGCCCCUGCCUGCAUCUCGAGAAUAAAGCAAGCUGCCUUUUUACUUGGUUGAA